CCCGGGUUGGUGGAAAGCUGGGUUCAUCGGAACCCAACAUAGAAACAUCCAACAUUUGGUAAAGAUGGAAAGUAGCCAAUGGAGGGCUCUAGGCUCUGCAUGCUCCUACCCAUUUUCUUGCUUAGCGAUGACUUGCCAAUGGAUAACUCCAGGCUCAAGAGGAAUGGCACUGGUAUGUUUCCGAAGCAGAUUGCGCUUGCCAUUUCCUCACCAACUUCAAUGUGGGUCUCCUGGGUCAUGGGGGAUGCUCAGAUUGGCUCCAAUGUGACUGCUCUCGAUCCAUCAUGGCGAAGCCAGCAAAGUUGGGUUUGAUUGAAACCCAAAUCUCCUAGGUUUCGACGGACCCAGCCUGGGUUUGUCAAAACGCAAAUAUGCUUGGUUCCGAUGAACCCAGAUCUGCUGGGUUCGUCGAAACCCAACCUUGCUGUUUCGACUCGAUUUCCAUUCCCAGUUGUUAAUAAAUUUCGGAGUUUAUU